CGAAUUCCCAUUUUUAUGCCAACUCCGAGUUGGCCAAUACGAUCUGCAAUUUCAGUCUGCAAGCGGUCAGCCAGGUGAACGGCAGCCAGCACAGCUGGUCUCUAAAAACGUAUAAAAUUAAAACAAAAUCAGCUGAAAACAUUUGGAAAAAUCAAAACAACUUGAGCAGAUAAAACCAGGGCGAAAAACAAUAAACCCUUUCGUGGAUUAUACAAAACAAAUUUCGAUCGACCGAAAAAAAGUUAGCAAACAACCAGAGAACUGAAGGCUUCAAGAUGAGAAAAGCCAAAGGCUGGCUGUUAAUGACAGCAACAGUGCUGCUGCUGAGCCUGUUGGCCUCCACAGAUGCCGCCCUGCCCUUCAAGAAGGUGUCCAUUGCCAAGACUCCCGCCUCCACGAGCAGCACCACCAGCACCACGACGGAAUCGGCCGUCGAGGAGGAGGAAGUGGAGGAGGAGCAGCCAGUGCCCAGCGGCGAUGGUGGCGACAGUGGCAAGUCGGACAACGUCACGCUGUCAAAGAACUCCAAGCUGACGGGUAUCCCACAAAUCGAUUAUAUUUGGGAUCCCAAUCUGCCCAGGGAACUGAGAGGCUACAACCUGUCGACCUAUCCCUUCCUGUCCACCGUGCCGUCCAUGGAUGAGAUCCACUUCAAGUGCGAGGGUCUGCACGACGGCUUCUAUGCCUCCAUCGAGUACAAGUGUCAGAUCUACCACCACUGUGUCUAUGGCAUAAGACACGACUUUCUGUGCGCCAACUUCACGGCCUUCGACCAGCGCACCUUCAUCUGCCACUUUGCAUCCGAUGUGGACUGCGAGGGAUCCCAGAAAUACUGGAACAGAAACGAUGAGCUCUAUAUGGCUACCACAACCACGUCCACGAGUACCACAACAACGCCCGCCCCACCCACUCAACCCUCUGCCCCCCGUCGUCGUCCUCAAAGACCACAACGUCCGCUAAGGCGUCCUUACAACCGCAGACCUAUCGAUGACUACUACUACGAGGACCAGGAUCAGUACGAGGACGAUUACUAUGAGGAGCGUCCCGUGCGAAGGCCCAAGCCCAGACCACGUCAGAGGAAGCCCCAAGUGGAGCUGGACUACGAUGAUGAGUACGAGGAGAAGCGAGCGGAGGCCAAGAAACCCAUCAGGAGGAAUAGGAAUCGUUACCGCGAUGAGGAGGAGACUCAGGAUGAGGACUACGACGAGAGGCCGAGUAAGAGGCCAAGAGGUAAACCCACAGCAGGACCAGUGGGUCGAAAGGUAUCUCCCAGGAAGCCAGGACGCGUAGAGGAACGUCGCAGCUUCAACGAAGACCGUCCACUGGGAAGGAGACGGGUGGAAAAGGACAGGACAACACCAUCGUCCGCUUUGGACGACCUGGAUGAGUAUGAAAAACCCUAUGGUGGUGCGGAUCAGGAAGAGGCCGCCGAGGAGCAAACACCUCAGAAAGUGAAGACAACACCAAAGCCACUCACGGAAUUCAUCACUCCCAAGGCGGCAGCAGCAUCCGUUUAUGCUCGUCCUCGGGCUCCACCGAGGAUAGCUCGACCCGUUCCCAUCAAUGAGAAGAAAAAGUUCUCCUAUCCGGUGCAAAAGAUCACGGCCACCACGCAGCCACCAUCAAACAGUGCACAGGAGGAGGAGGACUACCCUGAAGAGCAGGUGGAGGAGGAAUACGAACAGCCUCCGGCCAGGAACACUCCUCGGAGACGUACACCAGCACCACGCGUGGAGCAGAAGCCCACGAGAACCACGUUGAGAAAACCGGUGACGGACAAGAAGCCUGCCGAUGAAGAGUACUAUGAGCCGGCGGAGCAGGAACCUUUGAGAAAGCGCAAGCGUCCUCUGGCUCCCAGAUCCCGUGCACCGGCAGCAGAUGUGGAUUUCGAGGAUGAGGACUACGAGGAGAGUCCGGCGCCCGUUUCCACAGCAGCUCCAUUGAGAAACCAGAGACUGAGGUCCAAGACAACCACCACCCGGAAGCCAACAGUGCCGCCACGUCCGCGCAAGCCAAUCGUGGAGGAGGAAGAGGAGCUGGAGCAUCCAGUGGAGCAGGUCGAGGAGGAGGCACCAGCCCCCAGGACGAGAGUCAAUUUGUUGAGCGGGCGAAACUCAGGCGUCUCGCAGCGUCCUUCAUCGGUACGUGUGGUCAAGCGACCAUUCCUGCCCUCUAGGGGCGGCAGUCCAUAUCUGCCCCGAGGCCUUCAGCCAGUGGGUGUGGCCUUGAAACCACUGCCCACCACCGAUAGCACCCCAAUCGACAUGGGCUCGACCAUUUCGGGAGUGCGUCUGCUCGAGCAUGGAGCUCCUCUGUUAAGAGGAAGUCCUGAUAGCGAGGAAGAUGACGAGGAGGAGGCUCCGCCAUCGCCCACUCCACCCAGGACGACGCUUCCGCCUCGCAGUGCUCUGCCCACCACGCCUAAGCGUGUGGAGCCGCAGCGUCCCAAGCUAAAUCUCGACGAGCUCUACGAGAACGAUUACGAUGUGACCCUGAACGACGCUCUCGAUCCCACGCUAAAACCGCUCUCGCCCCAGCACAUUCCACAUUCGCAUCAGCUUCCAUAUCAGCAGCAGCAGCAGCAGCCGCAAUUGCAGCGCCAAUAUGCCAGCUCCUAUAAUCCAUUUGCCUAUCAGCCAGCGUAUCAAUCACCAACAUCCGCUUCAGCAUCCGCCCCUGCAUCAGCAUCCGCAUCAGCAUCCGCAUCGCAGUCGCAACCAGCGAACUAUCAUAGUGAUUCCUAUUUCUCGUCGACAGAUAUACGCCGGCGGGCUGUUGUCCCGGCGCAAGCCGCGCGUCCACAUCGACUCGAAUACGCUGCUGCCGGAAGAGCAGCCGGCGGAUCGUCCAGCGGAGGAGCCGUCGCCGGGUCGGGAGUGAGCCGGAGCUACCAGCAGGCGGGCGGACGGGUUGCCCAGCAUUUCUACGACGACUUUGCCUACUGAAAAAGGUUCGCUUGUAAUAAGUUUCUUCAGCUGUAAAUAAGUUUCCCCCAACACGAGGAGAGUUCCCAUUUUGGUGCACGGCUCCAACUUCUUAAACAAAUCUGUCUCUACCUUAGACGUUUAGCCGCAAAAACCUACUUGUAAUUCAAAAAGGUUUGGGACAUAUUAAGCAAUAGCCACUAAAAAACAACAUAAGCGAUAUUAACUUUUUAAACUUAUGUUUUAGUUGAAUACCUUAGAGUUGCAGUAAUAUUUUAAACCCAAUAUCUGAGCGCUCUUUAGCUUGAAUUUUAUCAAUUAACGUUCAAUCGCUUAUGCUAUUUUUGCUCUAUGAGCUCUAUAUGUCCUGAACACCCUACUUAUAUAUACGUUGUAUAAUACUCAAAUGUCGUGAUAGUAGCAGCUUGCGAAUUUGUCUGCUAGCUAGUAUCUAGUAGUUUAUAAAACUUACUUCCUCCUACUCGUUUAACUCCGCCAAAUCAGAAAUCAAAACAGAAAACAUCCAGCCGAACAGCAGAAUCGAUGUCCUUAAUGUACAUUUAGAGCGAGCGAAUACUUAAUGUGUUAAUUUAAAAUUGCAAUUUGCAUACAAAUUGUCUGUAAUAUUUAAGCUUUGUCGGAGAUCGUGUUCGUUGUAGACAGCCAAGAUCCAAGACUUAAGUCGGAGUGCAUAACAAUCAAAACAAAAAGUGAAAUAAAUAUAAAACCUA